CGAAUGGUUGGAGGGGGCCCGGGCUGUGCGGCCGGGGGGCGGUGCGGCGCGGCCUUGGUCCAGGAGCGCGCCUGGACGCUCUCGCAGCUGCCGGGGCGCUGGAGCUUGGAGCUUGCCACUCCGUGUCUCUCUAGCCGCUGUUGUCGUCCGCCGCAGCCUCUCUCUAGCUUUCCGCGCUACCCCGCAGUGCUCCGAACCCUGCGACUGGCCCAGGGCGUGCUCAGUUUCUCUGGACAGAGUGUCCCCGCGGCCCCGCGGCGAUGGCCACCAAGAUCGACAAAGAGGCUUGCCGGGAGGCGUACAACCUGGUGCGCGACGACAGCUCGGCCGUCAUCUGGGUGACUUUUAAAUAUGACGGCUCCACCAUCGUCCCAGGCGAGCAGGGAGAGGAAUAUCAGGACUUCAUCCAACAGUGCACAGAUGAUAUCCGAUUCUUUGCCUUUGUGCGCUUCACCACUGGGGACGCCAUGAGCAAGAGGUCCAAGUUCGCCCUCAUCACAUGGAUUGGUGAGAAUGUCAGCGGGCUGCAGCGAGCCAAAACUGGCACAGACAAGACCCUGGUGAAGGAGGUUGUGCAGAAUUUCGCUAAAGAGUUUGUGAUCAGUGAUCGGAAGGAGCUGGAUGAAGAUUUCAUCAAGAAUGAGCUCAAGAAGGCUGGAGGAGCCAAUUACGACGCCCAGACCGAGUAACCCCAGCCCUCCCCCUGCCCCUUGCCAAAGUCAUUUGCCUGCUCUCCGGGGGAGGGGACCUCGGCUUCAGCUACCAGCCCAUCAGGGAGAGGAGACGCAAUGAGAGGCAACAACCCACCACCCCGUCUGCGACCCAGCUCCCCUGCCCUGCUUCCCUCCUGAGUCCUGAUAUGUCCUAUCUCGCAAAGCUCAUGGAACAUCUUUCUUUUUUACCUUCUUUCUCUUUUGUCCCCCCCCCCGCCCCCCUUUCUUGUUCUGAAGAAAAAUCAUUGUGAUGCCAAGAUCAGAUCUUGGUGCCUCCUGCGGUGACAUCGUCAGAUCUGAGGCACCUCCCGUGGUGACCCCUUUCCCUGGCAUUUCUGCUAGCCUGCCUGGCCUCCUCUGCCGCAGCCUCGUGUUGCUCUGGAGCCCACGCCAGUGCUGCCGUCUUGGUUUUCCUCAGCUCUCCCACUCGCCCAGUGCUGAGGAGGCAGCUGUGCCCGGAGCCACGCUAUUGCCGGCGGCCGGCAUGAGCACACACGUUCGCCCCGCAUGUCAGGCUCAGACCUCCUGGAAUGUGCUCCAGGGCCCCUCCCCCACCUCAUUCAGAGUUGCCUAAGCUGCAGAGAUGGUGCUUGGUGGUGAGAGGUGUAGGCCUGACUCAGACCGAAAGGGAAGAGAGAAAA